GAGUGUUUUCACUGUGGCAAGUCGCAACCUUAAUAUUCCCUCCAAUGCUUCAAAAUCCAAUCAUAGCAUUUACCCAACUUCAUUAUUGUUCGAUCUUCUCCUUGUUCAAUUAUCAUUUCCUCUCUCUCUCUCUCUCUCUUUUCCCUCUUUUGUUAGUUUACAACAAUGGCAGUAGAUGUGUAUUCCGAUAACUUUGCAGUAGGCAUGAUUAGUCCCAGACUCUCUUUUUCUCGAGAUCUGGACGAAAAUGAAUCAAGUAGUAGUACUACUACUACUAAUCCAAUAUUAAUCAACGACGACUACCCCUGUAAAUUGGAUCUCUCGCUUCUUGAUUCGACGUUCGAUUUCGCUUUCAAUGUAGAUACCAAUGUCACAUUCCAAUCUUCAUCAGCAGAUGAGCUCUUCUCCGAUGGCAAAAUCAUACCCACUUCCUUAAAGAAGGAAGAUGAGAUAAUAAAAGAAUGGGAAUCUCAAGUUGUUUUUCAAGAUAAGUUAGUAACAACGCCUUGUUUGUAUCACCAACCUACAACAUUGAAGAAGAAGAGCCUGAAAGAGUUCUUAGAAGACAGUAUUGAAGAAGAAGAAGAAGAAGAAGAGGAACCGGCCGCUACGGUGAAACCGUUUUGGAAGUUUAGGAGGAGUAAUAGUCUAAACUGUGAUAGAAAUCAAAGAAAAGGGUUAAUUGGUUCUUGGAAAAUACUAACUAGGAGUGGUUCAACAGGUAAGUUUUUGGAGAAAAUAGUCGAGGAAGAAAAGCCUAAUCUUAAAUUUCAGUCAAAGUUGUUUUCAAGAUUUACCAGAAAUAACAGCUUGAAUUCUGAGAAUGUUACUAACAAUAAUAAUAAGAAAGGGCUAAUUCGGUCGUCUUCAAAGAUCUUGAGAAGAAGCCAUUCAACUAGUGAUUAUUAUUUCUCCAAAUCAGAUUCGAGUUUGUUUAGAAGGAGUAAUUCAACUGGUUCUGCACCAAACAAGCUGAAGAAACAACAAUCUUUGAGACAACAACAACAACAACAACAACAAUUUGAUGGCAAUGGUAAAUUGGCUCAAAAAGGAAAGGUAAAGGAUAAUAGUACAAGUUAUAAUGGUUAUGGUAAUAAUUAUAAUCAUAGUAAUAAUAAUAAUAAUAGUUUGAAGAUUAAUCCAUUGUUAAAUCUUCCAUCUCCAUACAUUUGUAGAGUUAGUGUAGAUUUGUUUAGUUUUGGUUCAUUAUUUUGUAAUAAUGGUACCAAAGAUAGAAAGAAGAAGAAAUGAUUUUUUAUUUAUUUAUAA